AUGAAUAAGCAUCCGAUUGAGUAAAUUCAUAGUUCAGUUUACGAUAAGGUUGUGAAGUCUUUAACUCUGUUCUUUAUGAUCAUCUCUUUAUUGAUCAGCAUAGGACUUGAUAUAGUGCAUGGAGUAGUCGAUUUUUAUUCAAAUGCAUAUCAAUUCGAAGCUCAAAAUGCUACAAUUGGAUAUAUUUCAGAUAAUCUCAUCUACAAACCAAUCAAGCAAGUAUACUUCAGAGACUUGGAUUGCGAUUCAUCUGAGGAAAUUUAAUAAUUAUUUCCAUACGCCGAAUUCAAUAUCACAAGAUGGUUCUCUCAAUAGAUUUGUGUUACUAGAUUUGUAGACAUAAGAUUGUCAACUGAAUGUUCAGAGACUGAAUAUAAUUGUGGACCCUAUUGCAUACAAACAAGCGAAGGCUCUUAGUGUCCCAUUUCAAAAUUGACUAUAAUAUAAAAUGAGGUUGUCGAUGAAGAUGCAGAUCAAAACUUGGAAAAGAAGAGGGACCUAUAUAUUCAAAGAGAAAAUUCAUCCUAUGGCAUAUUUAAAAUUCAGGUUGUAAUUAGGGGAUACCCAUGUUUGAAUCCUUUAAUUUAUAUAACAGCAGGAUUAACCAAUAAUAGUGAAUACAUUGAUCCUGAAAAUUGUGAAGGCACCGAUUUUGAUACCGAUAAUAGUGUGAAAAUAGAACAAACAACAUUGGGGGAAUUUGCUAAGUAAGGCCUAGAAGCAUUGUCUUUUAAUGGUGUACCCUCCUCUGUAACUAGUUCAGCAAUUACUUAUUUGACUGCAAGAAAUAAAAUUGCUUCAAAAGCUGAUGAUACUUGCACAUAGAUUGAUAAUAACAUGAUUAAUGAAACUGAAAAUUGUGAAUAAUCAAUUUAAGAAAUUGGUUUAAUUUACGUUGUUAUUAAAUAGAUAUUCACUGGAUUUAUAGGAAUUAUUUUAAUAAUAGAAAUUUAUAUUCUCAAAUUCAGGAUAGUGAAUGAUAUACGAAUAAUCACAGUCAUUUUUAAAAUUCUGCUGGUCUGCCAAAUGUCAUUCAUACUAAUUGAAGGAGGCCUAAUAUUAUAUCAAGAAAAACUUAGAUAUGAUUCAGAACUCUAUUUUAAAUCAUUAGCUAAUUGUUACUCCUCAGAUUAAAUUUACAAUGUAUUCGCAAAUUUUCCCAAUCUCUUCCCAGCAGAUGUCAAUACUUAUGUAUCACUCAUUACAAUUUCGAUAAUAAUCAUAGCCAUCAGUGAAUUCAUCUUAAUUAUGAUGUUUAUAGUAUAGAUGUUCCAUUGGUGCUUUAAAUAGAAGAAGGAGAAGUUGUACCUACCUGAUCCAGACACUUAGAGACAACCAAUUCCUUCUAAAGAUGAUAUUCAUCACUCAGAAACUAGUCCUUACUAAAAACCUUUAUCACCGUAUUAAUCCAAAUUCCCUCCUGUCUAUUCAAACACAUAAAAUAACAUAAUACAAAAUUAAAGCCAUCCAAUUAACUAAGACUCAAAAUAUGUUAAUGAAUAUGUACCUCCAAAUCAAUUUGGAGAUCCUACCUAUAAUCCUCCUAAUCAAUUUGGAGAUCCUACACAACCGAAAUUUUCUGAAAGUUACAUACCUCCUCAAAUUAACAAUGUCUAAUCAUCUAUGGUGGUAGCAGGGAAAAAGAAUUCUAAAUAUUGA